UAUGGCAUUAGCCGCUGACACUUCUCUUGUCGUGAGAGUGUGGUGUAUGUGGCUACUAUCCGUUGUUGUCUCUAUUCCUGCUACUGCAUUGGGCUGGUUAACUAAAAACUGAGCUCCUGUGCUGGGAGGCGGGGUGACAUAGGAGGCGGCGCUGUGCAUUCUGGGAACAGUCAAAGCUUUUGAGCCUGUUGGUGCCUCGGAUCAAGAUCCUACUCUACACCCCUAUGUCUUUCCUUGUGGAGCCCAGUGUACCUCGCAGAAAGAGUUUUAACAAAGCAUGAUCGCGAUCAUCAUCCUCCUCGUUGGUGUCAUCGCUCUGAUUAUUGGUCUCAGUGUGUCAGGUAACAGCACCACCAAUGACGUGACCACGGUGAACGCUGUGGGACAGAUCGGGAAGGAUGUCAUUCUCAGCUGCACCUUCACCCCCGACGUGAAGCAAUCCAGCAACGUCCUGUGGGAGAGGGUGGGCCUUCCUGGCAAUGUGUACAACUACCAGAACGGGAAGAUCUCGCUGACAAACCAGAGCCCCCUCUACAAAGGGCGGGCCUCGCUCUUCCUCAAUCAGCUGGCAGCCGGCAAUGCCUCGCUGCAACUCAGCAACGUACAGCUGACUGACACUGGCGUCUACAGAUGUACCAUCACAAAUUCCAAUGGCAGCGGACAGAACAUCCUGAGCCUCAAUGUAGGAGCUUUUUCCGCCAUCACGAUGACCAACAUCUCCGAGACCACCCUGCGCUGUGCGUCUCUCAUCUGGCUCCCCAAGCCCACCGUCACGUGGCAGAACAUUACGUCUGGAAGUGACCUGACCAACCUUUCAACCACCACCUAUGAGCCCAAUCUCGGCAACUCGUUCCAGAUCAUCUCUGACUACCCGGGCAUCCAGGAGAACGUGCAGUACAGAUGUGUGAUAAAUAACGCCCUGGCUAAAGCAGAGGGAAACGCGUUAUUAUCAGCUUCCGGCCUCCAAACAAGCACUAGCCUGCAGAUCCUAAGCUCGGCGGAUGUCCUGUCGUCGCCUUCUAUUCUCCUGCUGUGUCUCCUCAGCCUGAUCAUCCACCCUGGAGCUGCGCUGUGGUAGAAGCAGGCAUCGUAAACCAUACUUCCCAUUAAUGGUCCCACUUACAGGACAAAUCCUGGCUGUAAUCUGCUCUUCUGGACCCUGGGAAACCAAAGAUAUUUCCAUGUGGGUGUAUAUUCCGUCAGGAGUGGGCGUGACACCCGCAUUUCUCUUGUGCUCUAUAAGAACGGAACGCAUCUCUCACUGUCUAAUCUCGGGGUAAAUCUAUCUUCUUACCACCUGGCGGCAGAGUUACUGGGAGAAAUCAAAGAGAUUCAAGAUAGAGACUAGAAAGGAAUUGUAUUGUACCUAGAAAGACUUGUUUUCCGCCAGUAUUACUUCCAUGGAAGAGAUAAUAAGAGAUUGGACGAAUGGACAACACACAACUUCCUCCAUGAGGUGGACUGCAGAGCCAACAUCACAAAGAGACCUCUAUGUUCCUCCAUAUGGUUCCGAGAAGAACUUAGCUCAUCUCUGAAGACUUCCAGAACAAGGAAAUGGACAAUAGCUAACAGCCUGGGGUCUUCUCACUUAUCUUCCAGCAGAGAUCAGUGAUGUAACCUGUCUCACAGCAGCACAGAGUACAUCAGGAGCAUUGUGAUAUGUCAGGACAGGGCUGCAUGUGACAGGGGCAGUGACAGGAUGUGAGGAGGGGAAUGGAGGCAGCAGGAAGCCACAGACUGAGAGUUAUAUAGUGGGAGGAGCAGGGUCCCCAGUUUAUCAGGAGAUGAGUGAUGUGUCAGUGAGGACAGGGCUGCAUGUGACAGGGGCAGUGACAUGAUGUGAGGAGGGGAAUGGAGGCAGCAGGAAGUCACAGACUGAGAGUUAUAUAGUGGGAGGAGCAGGGUCCCCAGCAGCACAGAGUAUAUCAGGAGAUGAGUGAGGUGUCAGUGAGGACAGGGCUGCAUGUGACAGGGGCAGUGACAUGAUGUGAGGAGGAGAAUGGAGGCAGCAGGAAGCCACAGACUGAGAGUUAUAUAGUGGGUGGAGCAGGGUCCCCAGCAGCACAGAGUAUAUCAGGAGAUGAGUGAUAUGUCAGUGAGGACAGGGCUGCAUGUGACAGGGGCAGUGACAUGAUGUGAGGAGGGGAAUGGAGGCAGCAGGAAGUCACAGACUGAGAGUUAUAUAGUGGGAGGAGCAGUGUCCCCAGCAGCACAGAGUAUAUCAGGAGAUGAGUGAUGUGUCAGUGAGGACAGGGCUGCAUGUGACAGGGGCAGUGACAUGAUGUGAGAAGGGGAAUGGAGGCAGCAGGAAGCCACAGACUGAGAGUUAUAUAGUGGGAGGAGCAGGGUCCCCAGCAGCACAGAGUAUAUCAGGAGAUGAGUGAUGUGUCAGUGAGGACAGGGCUGCAUGUGACAGGGGUAGUGACAUGAUGUGAGGAGGAGAAUGGAGGCAGCAGGAAGCCACAGACUGAGAGUUAUAUAGUGGGAGAAGCAGUGUCCCCAGCAGCACAGAGUAUAUCAGGAGAUGAAUGAUGUGUCAGUGAGGACAGGGCUGCAUGUGACAGGGGCAGUGAUAUGAUGUGAGGAGGGGAAUGGAGGCAGCAGGAAGCCACAGACUGAGAGUUAUAUAGUGGGAGGAGCAGGGUCCCCUGCAGCACAGAGUAUAUCAGGAGAUGAGUGAUGUGUCAGUGAGGACAGGGCUGCAUGUGACAGGGGCAGUGACAUGAUGUGAGGAGGGGAAUGGAGGCAGCAGGAAGCCACAGACUGAGAGUUAUAUAGUGGAAGGAGCAGGAUCCCCAGCAGCACAGAGUGUAUCAGGAGAUGAGGGAUGUGUGAGUGAGGACAGGGCUGCAUGUGACAGGGGCAGUGACAUGAUGUGAGGAGGGGAAUGGAGGCAGCAGGAAGCCACAGACUGAGA